AUAACUGAACUCCCUUCGAAGUGAAAGAGGUAUUUAAUCUAGUGCUUUGUCCUGUAGAAUGAAUGAAUGUUGGAAUUAAUUCAGUUACUGUCAUAGGUAGAUCUAUGUAUGUAAAUAUGACACCGAUAAUACGACAAAUACAUUAAAAGGAUCGCUUUUGCGGUCGCAUAUCAGCUGACUGGACAGUAUGAUUUUAAUUUCCUUUAGGCCAAAAGAGGCACAGCAGAGCUACUGGUCAGCACUGAUGACCUUCUGACUCUACCAGCAAUGAUGGUUCAUUUUAACCACGGGGAUAAGUUUGCAAAAGACGGUUAUUUUUAACACCUACCUAGGCAGAUGCGUAUUUUACGCACAGAAGCGCACACCAGUGAUUUACAUCUCAACAUAUUUCAGCCUCCAUUAUUAAUAAAGCCUGGUUCUGUAAUUAGUUCUGUGAGCUCCUCUAACGCAGUGUUUGGGCUAUUAGUUGAACCUGAAGUAGAAAACAAAGGUGUAAACUAAAGGGCAAGUUACUCUGAGCUGGGAAAGGAUUACUGUAAUUCAAGUAAUUUUAUGGUUUCCAGUUAUUUCUGUGCCAGGGCUAGUCACACUCUGUCAAAGUCUCCAAGACUCUCACACUCUGUCAAAGCGUGUCUGACCAGUUUUAAAUUCAAGGUUUCCCUUUUUUUUCUUUCGUUAUUUUUUCCUUCUCUGGGAACGUUUAUCUUCUGCGUUCAACAAAGACAGAUUAGAGGUGUUUGUUGCGAACUGGAGCGCACUGUGCUUAUACACUUAAAUGAGGAUCAGUUUCUGAUCAGUUAAUAUUUGUUAUUUAGUAGUCAUUCUAGCGGGUUCCUAUCUUGUGCAUCCUGCUUGCAACAGACUGUAUUAAACCCUAUUUAUCCCUGCAAACAGAUGGAUAAUAAUAAUAAUAAUAAUAAUAAUAAUAAUAAUAAUAAUAAUAAUAAUAAUAAUAAUACCUUUAAUUUAUAAUGCACUUUACAUAUAAAAUCUCAAAGUGCUACAAUGUAUGUUUUACGCAUGUAUAUUUAGGUUUUGGUCAUUUUAUUGUCAUUACGCACCGCUGCUCACCUGUUACCUUCCACUUGCUGUGACAUGUAUCCGCACACGUCCUCCUGACGGCGGUCUGUUUAUACCGGCAUGCACUGCUCACUGUUGCUCUGACAAUGUCAUUGCUAAAGUGUCACCAACAAUGCUGCUAAAAUUUGUAUAGACACGUUUAAUUUUAUAAACAAAGCCAGCAGCUCCAGUCAUGGCGUCUGAGGACGGCUCCACGGAGCUGGCUGUCAGUCCUGCGGGGCCUGCUGCUGUCCCUGACCGUGUCAGGACACUCCCUCCUCGGCCGCUCCCCGUGUCAGCCGUUGGCACCUGGUACGCACUGAAGGCGGAGGUCGGCAUCUUUCUGUCCUCGCUUGGAUCAUGGCGACUUUUAGAGUUGUUCUCCACUGAGGAGCAGGAGGGAUCUCUCUCAGAUCGACAACCUAUCGAGAACCCAUGCCAUCAGACGAAGCCUUUGUUUCGGUCCUGGUUCCAGUUGCUGCUUCUACUUUGUGUUGUGGUCUUUGUCUUGUGUUACGCCCUGUCCAACAGCUCUGUGUCAUGGCAGACCCACUUUGCACUCCAAAAACACUACAAAUGGCCUUUCAAUGACAAAAACAAAGUUUACAUGUCUUCUCAUCAGGUCCAUCCAAAGCACAGACACAUACUCAUUGAAAUCCAGACAACCACAGAGCCUUCUACUGUACAGCCUGUAAAGACUCAGUACCACCAAGCCUAUCCACGCAACUACAACUUUAUAAUGGAUAACAAGGAGGUUUGCAAACAGAACCCUUUCCUGGUCCUCAUGGUUCCAGUGGCACCAAAUAAUGUGGCAGCUCGGGAUGCAAUCCGGAAGACAUGGGGCAAGGAGAGCUUGGUCCAGGGUGAGGUGGUGAUCACUUUGUUCAUGUUGGGUCUCUCUGAAGGAGCUGAUGUUGACAAGCUACAGCAAGAGAAUGUGCAGUACCACGACCUGAUCCAGAGCGAUUUCAUGGACACUUACCUCAAUCUGACCAUCAAAACCAUGGUGAUCAUGGACUGGCUGGCCACACGUUGCCCCGCAGCAGCCUACGCCAUGAAGGUUGACUCCGACAUGUUCCUGAACAUCGACAAUCUGGUGAUCAUGCUACAGAAACCAAACAUCCCCAAAACAAACUACCUGACAGGGAUGGUGAUGACGAACAGGCCAGUUGUCCGAUCAAAGGACUCCAAGUGGUACGUCUCUGAGGAGCUGUAUCCAGAUCCUGAAUACCCGACCUACACUCUGGGCAUGGGAUACGUCUUUUCCAAUGAUCUCCCAGAGAAGUUUGUGGAGGUCUCGAAAUCAAUCAAGCCCUUUAACAUUGAGGAUGCUUAUAUUGGAAUGUGCAUGAAAAAGCUGGGAUUUACGCCCACGUCACCACCAGAUCCCUCUCAGUUCCAGGCCUAUAACAGCAAAUACAAUCGCUGUGAAUUCUCCAAAGUCAUCACCUUCAUUCUUGGUCCUCCACAAGAAUUGGUGGAUUACUGGACAGACUUAAAGAAGCCUGGACCUCCUUGUUAGGACAAUAAGAUGCACUUAGAAAUCACUCAAGUGGCAGGGCUUUUACUUGUUUGUGUAUUUCUACUGUACUGGAAAAACAAGUGCACUUUUUGACUUUGUGUAUUUCAAAGGGACUUCUGAAGGGAAAGUUCACUGACCCGGACAUGUGGAGCAAAGUGUAAAUGAAAAUAAGUGAAGUUAAGGGUACCAUUUUGACCACUGCUGGAUCUGUAGAACAGUGUUUUUCAUGAUCGUGUUGCUGUUUUGCUUGUAUCUUUGUACCUGCAUGUGCUCAAGGGUGGACAUGUAUGCCAUUUACACUGGGGUGCCACAAUACGCGUUUCUGCUAAAUGCACUGUGUAAUAAUGCUGAAUAAAGGUCAGAUUUUUUUUAAAAAAAAAAAAAAAGAGGAAAAGCAAGAAGAAAAAAUUACUUGGAGAUGAUGCAGCCAGUUCAAUAUAAUGACUUUGCAACUGUUAUGAAGUAGGACAACAUUUCAGUAUGUCUGUGAUGUCUUAAGGGUGAGAAGGAAUGUUGUAUUUACUCAAUUGUGCUUACAAUGAACAAUCUCUUCACUGUCUGUGAUAGCACAUUGAACUCUGACAAGUAUUGUUCCAUUCUUCAAACCCACAUCCUGCACGUGCACUGUUCUAUCGAGGUCAAAACUGGAUGUUCUACCAGAUAAUGCUCCUUGAACACAUCCAGGACCAGAAGAACUUGGCUGCAGGAGCACAGUAUCCAGGUCUUAGAGUGACCAGCUCAAUCUCCAGACAUGAGCCCCAUUAAAAAUCUGUGGUGGAUCAUCAAAAGGUCUGUUUCAAAGCUUAAACCAAAGAAUUUAUGAGAAAUAAAAGCAGUAAUUCAAGAAGAAUGUUACAAGAUUACCCUGAACAGUGUGAAAGGCUGGUGGGGAACAUCCAGCCAGGAUUAGAGCUGUACUGCUGCUAAUGGCAGGAUGACUAAAUAUUAAUUUGAUGAUGGGAUGGGGUUUUUUUGUUCAGUUUUUAACACAUUCUCUGUUAUAUGUUUACUUUAAUUCCGACAAUGUUGAGAACUGACUUAUUAAAACUGUCAAUAUAAUUUUGUUAGUUUUUCUUGUAAACCAUAAACAAAAAAGGAUAAUUUGUAUUUGUUUGUAUCUGCCUAAUGCAGCCAUACCUUUUGAAACACAAAAAAGAUUUUUCCACAAAUAUUUCAUGAUAGUAUUUGAGAUUGUGUAAAAUUUUAAGGGUGUCCAAAAACUUUUUUCCACCACUGUCAAUAUGUGAAAAAGUUUAUUAAACUGGUGCAUGUUAAAACUGGA